CAAGCGACAUUCAGUCUAGUUCACGCUUUCUUCGAAGCACACCUCAAAACACGCAUCAUGAAAUUCUUCUUGGUUUUAUUGGCAGUCGUUGCUGCUGUCUCAGCUGAAUUCCACAUCAAACAUUUCGAGGAUUUGAUGAAAUUCCACGACGAAUGCGGAACAGAAAACGGAAUUGCCGCCGAUCACGUCGCCAAAUACAAGAACCAAGAAUACGGACAAGAUGAUGAGUCUUAUUGCCAUGUUCGUUGCGUCGCCAAAAAAGUCGGAAUUUUCGAUGAGGAACACGGAGUUUUGGUCGAUGAGAUGAUCAAACAAGUCGCUGCUGCCAAUGGCAAGACCGAAGAUGAAGUUCGCCCAAUUAUUGAGGAAUGCAAGACUUCUGUCGAGGAGUUCAAGAGCAACAGCUGCUUGUGGGCCUACAAGGGAUUCGUUUGCUUGAAGAAACACAACUUGAACGUCACCGAAAGAAAACAUUAAAAAAAUUUUUUUUUUUA